AUGCCAGACCACAAGAAAUCCAAAAAAGGCAGCAAGGCCUCAACAGAGGCCGGCGCUGUUAUCACCGAUCCCAGAUUCAAGGACAUCCAGAAUGAUCCGCGGUACCGGCUUCCCAGCCGACGGCAGACGCACGUGAAGCUCGACAAGCGGUUCGCGCACAUGCUGCGGGACAAGGAUUUCUCGCGGAACGCGGCAGUCGAUCGAUACGGGCGCAAGCUUGCGCGGGACGAUACCAAGAAGCAGCUGGAGCGGUUUUACCAGCUGGAGGAUGGCGCGGAGGACGAGGAGAUGGUGGCGGAUGACGAUGAGGAGGUGCUCCGGGAGCUGAAGCGGGUGGAUGCGUCGUAUGAUCCUGCUCGGGACGGAGGAUUUUCGUCAUCGUCGUCUGAGGAAGAGAGUUCGAGCGAUGAGGACGAGGACGAGGACGAGGACGAUGAUGAUGAGGAGGGGGAGGGGGAGGACCAGGCUGUGGAGGAGCUGGAGUACCCGGACAAGCAGCAGGUGGAUGUGCCGACUGGGGAGGUGACGAAUCGGAUUGCGGUAGUGAAUCUGGACUGGGAUAAUAUUCGGGCGGAGGACCUGAUGGCUGUCUUCUCGAGUUUCGUGCCUACGGGCGGGCGGGUGCUGAAGGUUUCGGUGUACCCCAGCGAGUUCGGCAAGGAGCGCAUGGAAAAGGAGGAGACGGAAGGGCCGCCGCGGGAGAUUUUUGCUUCGAGUAAGCAGGCCGAAGAGGACGAGGAUGACGAGGAUGAGGAGGAGGAGGAGGAGGUGCUUGACUCCGACGAAGAAGAGGAGAAGAUUAAAAAGUCGAUGCUGAAGGAGGACAAGGGCGAGGAAUUCAACUCUACACAACUACGCAAGUACCAGCUGGAACGGCUGCGGUACUACUAUGCGAUCCUGACGUUCUCGAGCAAAGAGGUCGCCAAGAACGUCUACGAUUCCGUGGACGGAGCAGAAUACUUGUCUAGUGCCAACUUCUUCGACCUUCGCUUUGUGCCAGACGAGACCGAUUUCUCCGACGACAAGCCGCGUGACGAGUGUGAGCGGAUCCCGGAUGGAUACCAGCCGAACGAGUUCGUGACCGAUGCGCUCCAGCACAGCAAGGUCAAGCUUACAUGGGAUGCGGAGGACAAGUCGCGCAAGGAUGCUCAGGCGCGGGCAUUCCGCGGCAGCCGCAAGGAUAUUGACGAGAACGACCUGAAGGCUUACCUGGCCAGCGACAGCUCCGAGGACGAAGCCGACGAGGAGGUGGAAAUUAUCGAUGCUACGAGGGAAGACGCACCGAGCACUAAACUCUCGAAGAAGGAGGAAGAGCGACAGCGGAUGCGAGCUCUUUUGGGCUUGAGUGCGGCUCCCGUCAAGUCAUCGAAACCCAAGGGUCCUGUCGGCGAGAUGGAGGUCACCUUUACCUCCGGGUUGGCCGGCGAGCCGAAGCGGGACAAUAUCUUCGAAAACGCUCCCGAGAAGGAAGAGACUACGAUUGAGAAAUACGUCCGCAAGGAGCGUGAACGGAAGAAGCGACGAAAGGAGAAGCUCAAGGCUAUGAAGCACGGUGAGGGUGACGGCGACGGCGACGUAGAGGGCUCCGCCAAUGAGAACGAAGCGGCUCCCAGCGGCUCUGGGAACCCCGAUGACGCCGCGACCGCUCCCCAAGAAGAUCUGGGCUUCAACGAUCCAUUCUUUGACGACCCGACUGGCAAGGCUACAGCGGCGGCUCGUCGCAAGGAGGAGAAGCGCAAGAAGCGGGAGGAGCGCGAGGCGGAGGAGGCGGCCAACGCGGCCAAGCGGGCCGAGCUCGAGCUUCUGAUGCUGGACGACAAGAAAUCCGGCAUCAAGCACUUUGAUAUGAACGAGAUCGAGAAAUCCGAGAAACAGGCCCGCAAGAAGAACAAGAUGAAGAAGGCGAAGGCGGCUCCGGCCCCCGCUGUUUCGGAUGAUUUCCAGAUGGACGUCAGCGAUCCUCGAUUUGCCCGGCUGUUCGAGAGUCACGAGUUCGCUAUUGACCCCACCAACCCGAAAUUCAAGGCGACAUCGGGCAUGAAAGCCCUGCUGGACGAGGGACGCAAGCGACGCAGGGAUCGGGAUGACCGAGGCGAAGAGGUCGACACCAGGACGCGUGAUCGGAAGCAGAAGAAGCAGAAGCAGAGCGCGUCUGGGAACGGAGGGACCGAGGACCUCAAGAAACUUGUGGACCAAGUGAAGCGCAAGACACAGCAGAAGUAA